AUGCGUCUCUCCAUCUUCCUGCUUGCUUUACCAGCUCUGGCUCUGGCCCAGUCUUCCGGCCCUGUGGAAGAUCAAUCCACUGCCCUGGUGACCAUCCCUGAGGGUACCACCUCCAUUUCAGAGACCUUCACCCAGAAGCCCACGGAGACUCCAACGGACAUCACUCUUACCGGUACUGCUACUCCCACUGCUACUGCUACCGCGACUACCACCGGCACCGUCACUGCCACCACCUCGCAGCCCGUGAUCCCUACUGCUCCCACGGGCUCGACCGGCAUCGGCUCCAGCAGCGUCCCAACCUCCUUCUCCACCGUGCCCACCAGCAGCAGCGGCAGCAGCAGCACCGUAAAGGCCACAACCAAGACCACCGAAACCUCCUCGACCACCGAGACUUCGGACUCGUCAUCGUCCAGCACCAAGUCCAGCUCCUCCAAGGCCACCCAUAGCUCGACCUCCAACGCCGCCUUGCCCAUGGCCACCGGCUCGCUGGGUCUCUCCGUCGUGGCUGGUGCCGCUCUCGCUGCUUUCCUGUAA